AGAUUGAUGAGUGUGGAUUACGAGGCAUUUUGAGAUGUGUUUGACAAGAAAGUAUCAGCACGGAUUCUGCAAAAUUGCCUGAGAAUUAUAUGGAUGGGGCUUUUUUCAAUGCAGCUUUUUUUUUUUCUGUGUGGAGCGGAAGAAGUAUCGUUCUUCGUCCAAUCCAGAUAUCCUGCGGACCUCAGCGCCUCGGAGAACAAGGCCAGCAUUUAGCUGGGUGGAUGUUAACGAGGAUGUCCAGAACCUAGCAGACCUGUGACUGAGUUGGCAGUGUGCCCACAUCCUCUUUCCAAAGUGUGGAAGACCAGUCAAUGAAUUAUGAAUGUUAAACAAGAUGACCUCCUCUCAGCAGCAGCAGAUGAUGCGAGGUCCUAGGUGGAACCGGGCCUUAUCCGACCCUUUGUUUGUGCUGCUCCUGGCCCUCCAGCUGCUGGUAGUGGCGGGCCUGGUACGUGCUCAGACAUGUCCUUCAGUCUGCUCCUGCAGUAACCAGUUCAGUAAGGUUAUCUGUACCCGCCGAGGCUUGCGAGAAGUUCCCGAUGGCAUCUCCACCAACACACGCUAUCUGAAUCUGCAAGAGAACCUCAUCCAAGUAAUUAAGGUGGACAGCUUCAAGCACCUUAGACAUCUAGAGAUCCUGCAACUGAGCAAAAACCACAUCCGCAAAAUUGAACUGGGGGCCUUCAAUGGACUAGCCAGUCUCAAUACUUUGGAGCUUUUUGAUAACCGUCUCACCACCAUCCCAAAUGGGGCUUUUGAGUACCUGUCUAAACUAAAGGAGCUUUGGCUGAGGAAUAACCCCAUAGAGAGCAUUCCUUCAUAUGCUUUCAACAGAGUGCCGUCAUUACGGAGGUUGGACCUUGGGGAGCUCAAACGGCUCUCCUACAUAUCUGAGGGGGCUUUUGAAGGCCUGAGCAACCUGCGCUAUUUAAAUCUGGGAAUGUGCAAUCUAAAGGAAAUUCCAAACCUUAUUCCUUUGGUAAAACUGGAUGAGCUGGAGAUGUCUGGGAACCAGCUUUCUGUCAUUCGGCCUGGCUCAUUUAAAGGGCUUAUCCACUUGCAGAAGCUAUGGAUGAUGCAUGCCCAGAUCCAGACCAUAGAAAGGAACUCCUUUGAUGACCUCCAGUCACUAGUGGAGCUCAACCUUGCCCAUAACAACCUUACUUUGUUGCCCCAUGAUCUCUUCACCCCCUUACAUCACCUAGAGAGGGUGCACUUGCAUCACAACCCAUGGAAUUGUAACUGCGACAUCCUGUGGCUAAGCUGGUGGUUGAAGGAGAUGGUACCAGCAAACACCAGCUGCUGUGCCCGCUGCAGUUCCCCACCCCACCACAAGGGGAGAUACAUUGGUGAGCUGGACCAGAACUACUUUCACUGUUAUGCUCCAGUUAUUGUGGAGCCUCCGGCAGACCUAAAUGUUACAGAGGGAAGCGCUGCAGAGUUGAGAUGCAGAGCCAGCUCCUUGACGUCAGUAACUUGGAUUACACCAAAUGGCUCAAUCAUGACGCAUGGUGCAUACAAGGUCAGAAUCUCUGUGCUGAACGAUGGCACUCUGAACUUUACCAACGUCACCAUGCAAGACACAGGCACCUAUACAUGUAUGGUCAGUAAUUCUGCAGGUAACACCACGGCGUCUGCCACACUCAAUGUGUCCUCUACAGAGAACAGCAGCUUCAGCUACUUCACCACAGUGACAGUAGAAACUAUCGAGAUGCCACAUAAUGAAGGCUUCACAACUGUGCAGCAUAAGGUGGGCCCCACCCCAUCUGCCGGAAUAUGGGAAUCUGUUUCACCCACAUCAACAACUGCCACCACAGCCCAGACCCAACUGUCCACCCGCGCCACAGAGAAGACUUACACAAUCCCUGUCACUGAGCUGGGAGGAGACGGCUCCCUGAACGGACUCGAUGAGGUCAUGAAGACAACCAAGAUCAUUAUUGGCUGCUUUGUUGCAAUCACACUCAUGGCAGCUGUCAUGCUGAUUAUAUUCUACAAGAUGCGCAAACAGCAUCACCAGCAGAACCACCACGCGCCGACGCGCACCAUUGAAAUCAUAAAUGUGGAUGAGGACUGUGUAGCUGGAGGCCCGGGCAUGGAGAGCCACCUGACUCUGCCUCCUUUGGAGCAUGAGCACCUCAACCACUAUAACACCUACAAGACUGCAUACAACCAUGCCACGAUCAACUCCAUACACAGCUCAGUGCACGAACCUUUGUUAAUCCGGGCCAGCUCGAAAGACAAUGUGCAAGAAACUCAAAUCUGACACUUACUUGACACUUCCAAUAUAAGACUUGAUAAAACUGAUGGAAUUACAUUAGGACAUUUUUUGAAGGGACAUUACUGAUGACCCCUUCGAGGACAGUAAAUGUGGAAUAAAAGACUUGCGCAUUUGGCAAAUCAGUGGCUGCUGAUGUUUAUUCAAAGACGUUUGGGAAUUAGGGUAUGUCAACUGUUUCAAAAAGUGUCUUUACAAAACAGAAAUUAUUUAUUUAAGGAAAAAAACACUGUUGUGGUUAAAUCAAGAAAAAACUGUAUUCCUAUUUUUUCAGCACUCGUUUCAUGUUUUUCUUCUGUUCAUUUUAAUGGUUUACUAAUAUGCUGUCAAACUCUAUAUGGGGACAUCUGUUGACGCAAAGAUCUGGAAAUAUUGCUGUUAUUAUUAUUAUUAUUUUUUUUUUUAAUCUGAUGCAACACUAAACUUGUUUUGCCCAUGUUUUACAGAAUUCUAGAGCACAUUAGUGGUUUUCUCCCGCUGUGGAUUAGGUGAUGAAAUCUUUUGUGACUAUCUGUAACCAAGAUGAAUUAAGCACUUGUUCAUUACUUUAUAGUCAGAACUGUCAGUGAUAAAAUUUGAUCAUAA